UGAUCCUGGGGUAUGGACUAUUGCUAUUUGUAUGCUAUGUGCCUUUCCUGUUGAACAUACAAAGAAAAAUGAAAAUCACCUUAGGCAAACAACAAAGCAUUAGAUUAUUUUUUCCUCUUCUGAAUUUGUUCUCCUUAAAAGAUUAGUCUUGGUUUGGUUUUGGAGUUGUUCAAGUCACUCCAAAACGACGCCGCUGCGUUUGUUCACUUCUCACCAACCCAAUAAGCAACAGCCGCACCAGUUCCUUGGAAACCAGUAGAAGUGUCAAAAGUCUUUCUUUAUAGACUCCCACUUGAGUUCAGAUCUUUCCACCAAACCCCCCCGAAAAGAUUUUUGCUUUCUCUCUGAUUCUCUCCCUCUCUGAAACCUACCGCCAUGGCAGCAGCAGCAGCAGCCUCAACCACGCCUCAUUCUCUUCUCCUCCAGAAGACCACUCACAAUCAUGCCUUUCUCAAACCCAACUCGGCCACCUUCACUCUCACCAAUCAGAGGCCUGCCAAACGCCUCUCAAUCUCAUGUUCAGCGACUAUCCCAAUCCAAGAUCGUCCCUCCGUCCAAACCCAAUCUCAAGAUCGGGUCUUUAACUUCGCCGCCGGACCCGCCACCUUGCCCGAGAACGUCCUCCUCAAGGCCCAAUCCGAGCUUUACAACUGGCACGGAUCCGGCAUGAGUGUCAUGGAAAUGAGCCACCGUGGCAAAGAGUUCCGUUCUAUUAUCGAAAAAGCCGAGGCCGAUCUCCGUGCUCUUCUCAACAUCCCCGAGAACUACGCCGUUUUGUUCCUCCAAGGUGGGGCCACCACCCAGUUCGCUGCCCUCCCUUUGAAUCUCUGUCAGCCCGAUGACAGUGUCGAUUAUCUGGUUACGGGGUCGUGGGGAGAUAAGGCUUUCAAGGAAGCCCAGAAGUAUUGCAAGCCGAAGGUCAUUUGGUCUGGCAAAGCGGAGAAUUACGUCAGGGUCCCCUCAUUUGAUGGUCUAGAGCAAAGCCCAAAUGCCAAGUAUUUGCAUAUAUGCGCUAAUGAGACUAUUUAUGGGGUUGAGUUCAAGGAUUAUCCAAUGCCCAGCGAUCCAAAUGGCGUGCUUGUAGCUGAUAUGUCUUCCAAUUUUUGUUCCAAGCCAGUUGAUGUAACCAAGUUUGGUCUGAUUUAUGCUGGUGCCCAGAAGAAUGUGGGGCCGUCUGGGGUUUGCAUCGUGAUCGUCAGGAAGGAUCUCCUAGGAAAUGCACAAGGGGUUACCCCCGUGAUGCUUGAUUACAAGAUCCACGCUGAGAACAACUCCUUGUACAAUACACCUCCUUGUUUUGGGAUUUACAUGUGUGGGUUGGUGUUUGAAGAUCUUUUGAAGCAGGGAGGGCUGGAGGAGCUAGAGAAGAAGAAUCAAAAGAAAGCCGCUAUAUUGUACAAUGCCAUUGAUGAAAGCAAGGGAUUCUACAGGUGUCCUGUUGAGAAAUCAGUGAGGUCGCUGAUGAAUGUGCCGUUCACAUUGGAGAAGUCAGAGUUGGAGGCUGAGUUUUUGAAGGAAGCUGCCAAGGAGAAGAUGGUGCAGCUCAAGGGACAUAGGUCGGUGGGAGGCAUGCGAGCAUCUAUUUACAAUGCUAUGCCGAUGGCUGGAGUGGAGAGGUUGGUUGCUUUCAUGAAGGAUUUCCAGGCAAGGCAUGCUUGAUUCAUGCCCUUUGCCCUUUUUAGUAGUAUUAUCACAUAAUGGCGGUUGCUUUCUUGUCUCAAGUUUGUGUUCUCUUUGUAUGUUUUGCUUAGAUUUUAUGCUGGGUAGGUUUUUAAGUACUCUGAUAAAAUUGCAAGCUAUUCUUCGGGAAAUGCUGAAAGUUCCAACAAGGAUAAGCUUAGCAGGAUUUUUGUAAUAGAAUUACAUGCUUUUUUUUUUUUUGGUCUGAUUUUAUUAAAAUUCUUGGUUGCGCAAUGUUAAAUAAUCUUAAUAAAAAGUUGCUUGAAUUCUGCCAA